AUGCCCUUUUCCACUCCCGUCGCGACCAGCAGCAACGGGAUUAUUGUCGCCAUUCGACACGGCAAUUCUGCCAAUGUCUACUCGUACGAAGCCUACCAUGAGCUCAAUGUCAAAACCAAGAAUUGGGAAGACUUGAUUUCAGGAGAAACAUUCAAUCGCAAGACGGAUGUGUGGAUUCUCAAUGAUCCAGAUGAUCUCAAGAUCCAAAAGCGACGUGAUAUCAACACACUUUAUCAUAUUCAACAUCAGCGACAACUAGGAGCCAACAAACAGCAGACCAGUAAUAUACGACACAGUGUCACGGCCAGUCGCAUUUCGGAUAAAAUGAAAAAGAAUGACAACAACAAUACUAAAAAGAGAUCAUCGUCGUCCGACAAUAAUCUCCAACAAGAAGGCAAGCGAUGUCACCGACGUCUCAAGAAAAAGGGUUAUGUGCGCAUGGAAUUGUCCACGGGAGCAUAUUUGGUAUUGGAAAUUCAUUGCGACUAUGUGCCACGGACCGUCACCAAUAUUAUCAAAUUGUGUCAAGAGAAGAAAUACAAUGGAAGUUUGUUUCAUCGGUUGAUCAAGAAGUUCAUGAUUCAAGGAGGGAAACCACCCAAGAACUCUAGAGAUCGACACUACUGA